AUGAACAGAUAAAGUAAUAUAAAAUCAGAAUAUGACCAACUGACAAAACAUGUAAUUAUUUAAACCAAAAUUUAAUAGCCAACAUCUCUUGAUAAAUCAAAAGAAAGAAAUCAUACUCCGAAAGUUAAAUGUUGUUCGAACAAAUAUUUAUUGAAUUCCUCGACAAAAUAAAACCUCAAUAGAUCAUACAAUAGCAGUUAAAAAGUCCAAUCUAAACUCUAGUCUAAGGCAACCUCUGAUAUCAAAUAGAAAUUAUUAGAUGAAAGUAUAUUCUAUUAUCAUCUCUUAAUAAUAGUUCUUAGAGGAUCUCAUUCAUAAUUCUCGUAAAGUUACCUAACCAGUAUUAUUUAAGACAAAGUUGUUAAUAAGCCCUAAAAAUAUUAUACAAAUGAUGAUACAUCAAGUUUUACAUUACCGGAAAAAGAAUUUAAUAUUAAAGCACCUUUUCUCUAAAUAGACAUCUUUACUGCUGAAGAGUGUAAAAAAUAAUAAGACUCAAUCACAAUCACUAAAUUUUAGGAACUAUUAGAAAAACUUGAAAUAAAGGAAGCAGAUUUAAAAGUCAAUGUUUUUUCCAAUCUCAAAACUUUAUUCUUAAUAUUGGCAAAGUAGAUUUAAUAGAAACUAGCCUUCUAAAAGAAUGAAAUUACUAAAUUGUAAAAUUUUAACACUUAAUUACAAUAAUAACAAAAAAUCCUAUAAGAUAGUAUUUAAGAAUAAAAAUAAAUUACAAUUAAGACUGAAGAAACACUUAAUUCUCUGCUUUUUACACUUCGAUAUACAAAUUUAAAUAAUCAUUAAAUUUUUGAAUAACAUAAUGACUAAGUUGAAACUUAAAAACAUUAAUCAGAAAACAAGAACUUUUAAGAAAACAUUUCAAUAAUGUCUGAAGAUUCAGCUCCAUUUGGAAAGUUUUAUAAUUACUAUAUUAAAAAAGAGCCAGAUCUUUAAAAUAAAAGGGCAUUAGGUUUGACAUUAAAUUUAAAUUCCCUAAAAAAUCCACUAACUGCUCCUAUAGGAUAUUAAGAAGAAUUUAUGGCUAAUUUAAAUGAAUUUAGUGAAAGUUGGAGAUAAUAGGCUAUUAAAGAAUAGAGAUUUUGA